AUGUUGAUUGAUCACAUCUUAACCAUUCAUCUCUGUUACAUGAGUGUAACACUGGCAGAAUUCAACGUUUCAGAUGCCUACAUCGGCUGUUUCAAAUUCAUCAGCUCCAAUAAUUCGCAACCUCAUGUCGUUAGUAGCAUUAUAGAAUGUUCCAGAACUUGCACUGACCUGGGAAGCACUCACAUGAUCGCCUUAAGGAAAGGAAGAGAUUGCUUCUGCGUCGACAGAGUGGAUGCCGUUGUAGCUUCAUCCCAGUGUCACGUCCGCUGCCCAGAUGGCAGGGCGUGCGGUGCGAUGGAUACUUAUUCAGUAUACAAACAUCGGCGAAUGCUGUUACACGAUGUUGCUUACUUUUUCACAGAUGGUUACAAACGUGAUUCUCCACGGUUUACUUCUGUAUCUAUAGAAACGUGUGCAUAUUAUUGUUUACAAUUUGGCUUUUCUCGUUUUUGUAUACAUUCUAACGGUUUCUGCGUAUGCAAUGAAUGUAUAAAGGAAAAUCUAUUUCCAUUAAAGCCGGAUGUAUUUGAAUGCAAUGUGAGGUGUCCGCACGAUGAGAACGAGAUUUGCGGCUGUCACCAAAAAAGUGGCCGAGACGAUAGUGCGGUCUACCUGACUCUUUUCAAAUAUGAGUUCCAAAAGGGCACCUCUCUUUUUGCUCGCUGCCGAGAUAGGGGUUGGAUUAAUUUGGUUUUUGACAUUCCAGAGACAUGCACGUACGGAUGCAAGGAGGGAUGGAAAGACGGUAAAAGGCCAUGCAUGGAAAGAGAUUGCACUUUCAAUAACGGAGACUGUGGAGCAUUGAAAUGCAUUGAAUCAGUGGUCAAUGGUUACUCGUACAUUGAAUGUGUCUGCCCGUAUGGCCAGGCUAGAAAUAAAAUGGAUGGGUGUGAAGUUUUUAGGCUAAACUUAGCCUUUAAAAGAAAAUCCUACCUUAGCUCAACACUCAACCAUUCACAUUAUGGACUUUUAGAUGCAAUUCAUUUAACUGACGGCAUAUACGAUGGCUUCAAAGGCGCUCAGAUCAAUGAUAACAUCGCCGCUUGGAUUGCAGUUGAACUCGAGAUGUUAUUUUGCGUUGGUUAUGUUAAAGUUUAUAAAAGAUACUGCGCGAGUCAAAAGGAGUGUGACGAAAUGAAUGGUUUUGUCGUCUCACUGAAUGUCACGUUCGACACAAACUCUAGAACCGACAUAAGACGUCAUGUGAAGCUUUGUGGCCGUGCAACUAAUGAAAGUACGCUAUUGGGAAUAACGAUUACAGUAACAUGUGAAAGCUUUUUUCCUUCGAAGUUCGUCAUAAUCCAGCAGGCAGACGACCUGUUUUGGUUAGGAAGCACAGCUGUGGCCGAGUUAGAAGUCUAUGAGGCUGGUUGCGACGUUGAUAACGGAAAAUGUGGAAAGAUGAGGUGCUCAGAAAUCCGAGAGGGAAAUGCAACCGCCAUCAGCUGCAGUGAAUGGAACGAUACCGAGUUGGUGUUGGCAUCGACCCCGUUCUAUGGCUGCUACCAAGAAGCAGACUUAAUGGGUAUAUUAAUGUGGACAAACGAUUACGAACAAUGCAAUAAAGAAUGCAAAAUCUUGGAUAAGUUGUCUGUGAUGAAGUCAGGUUUCAACUGCUGGUGCGCUGAUGAGGCAAUUGUGAUGGGCAGGCUACCUGUCGAAGUUUGCAAGACAGGCCAUUACCAAUCCGCUCUCGUUUUCUCUGAUUGCAUAAUUAACGAUAAUUUUUGUGAUAGUACCGAAACCUCUACUUCUACAACUACUACUACCACAACAACUAUCACAACAUCCACUACAACUACAACCACAGCAACCACAAAAACAGCAAUUGCUAUAGCUAAACUAUCCAGAAUUACUGCCAUUCAAACGAUCGCGACUGCAGAAACGACCACCAACGUAGUGACAACGCCACCACCACCAAGACCACCGCCACCACCAAGAACCACACCACCAACAACUACAGAAGUUGAAAAUAAGGCGACAGAUAGCGUCAUCGUUAGCUUCAAAACAUGGGCUGAAGAAAAUUUGUUGUAUAUAUUAGUCAGCCUUGUAGAUUUAGCAUUAAUAAUCGCCACCAUAGGAGCUAUAGUGAUCAUUAAGAAGCGAAAGAGGAAAAAUAAAAAUGCGGCGACGCAAGAAGUGAGAGAAACCCAAAGAGAGAGUAUCAGAGAUGAUGAUGAUGAUAAAGAGAGAGAUAAUAAAAGAAAAAAUGGGAUAGAAUAUGACUCAGCUUCCAAACUAGAAAAUGGGAUAGAAUAUGACUCAGCUUCUAAACUAGAUCACGAUGAUUAG